AUGGCCCAAGUAAGGGCAUGCAAUUACGAAAUACUUGCGAACGGAGACAUCCUCGAGUGUCAAAACUGCGCCGAUUAUCGCUCCGAGCAUCCAGAAAAAGAAAUCAAGUGUGAACCUCCUGAGCUUCUGCGCAAUAAAAAGGUCUGGCGCCGGUACGGCAUAGACCAUCCUUCGACAUAUCCGGCGCAGCCCUGCGACCAGUGCAUCACCAGCGGCAAAUCCAACCAGUGCAACGUCGAUUCCAUUCUCAACUACGGCUGUACAGCAACAAAGGCCUGCCUAGAGGGCCACUGUACACUCAACGGCCACAGGUUGGAGGCAGCGCCCAGUUCUGUCAUUUGCCUCGGUGGCUCUUGGACACGCAGAGAAUGCCAAUAUUGUGAGCACAUGACGACGAAUGGCAGGAUCACCAUCGGAUGCAGUUGGCUCAGGGAUCGGGCGAAUCCAAACGAAGCCUGCUUCAACUGUCAAUCCCGCAACCUGGCGUGCUUCAACGGCGGACGCCUCAUCGCCGAGCCUCAAGCGUUGACUCUCCCCAAAGUGUGGAAUGUCGCUGCCACCCACGAAUUUGGAUUUGUUGACUGUAGGAAAACCGGUACAACCCGUCGAACCUGCAAGAGAUGUCUCGAGGACAAGCGCGGUCACUGCCAUGCUGAUGCCGGGCAUUAUCGUUAUGCGUGUACUCGUUGUGCUGAGCUCGGCAUUGACUGUGUCGAUAGUGGCAAUGACACGUAUUAUCCCAUCUUCGACCUGGCCAGAGUUGGCAUCGGCUUACACAUGCCCUUUCUCCAGUGUUCAUGCUGCAUACGGAACGGGAGAAACUGCGAUUUACAGCGCCCGUGUGAUUCAUGCAUCGAGCACGGCGAUCAGUGCGAUGCGUGGAAGGACGAAACAACCAAGUAUUGUAUAAAGGGUCGACUAAACCCGCCUCCUGGGCCACUCUAUUAUCUCGCGCUGGGAUAUGGUGCCAAUGGUGUCAACGAUGUCAAAGAUGGAUCUGCCGUGGAACACUGGGUAGGUCCGUUGACAAGCAUCUACGGCAUGAUCCUCGGGAGGGAUAAUAGGCAACUCGUCGCCUCAUUCGCCGCUAAUUUAAGAGGAAAACUGUUUCCACAUGGAGAGCCUCCUCACGGUGAUGUCGCUCAGAACGGCGUCAUGUUUGGACCAGCGAGCGCGAUAACCAAGGAAAACAUUGUGGCAUGGAUCGAAUCCAAGUUUCCUCAGCAUCACCCGAUCAAGGAGUAUGAGGGAUAUGCAGACUGUAUCCAAGCGGCAAAGUCCUUUGUGCAGAAUCUUCGCAGCGGAAGGCCACGUCUCCGCGUCGAGCAAUUCUUGAGCAACGAACCGAGGAGCUUCACACACGGCCCUGAUUGCGGAGAGCAUUGUUGCGUCGAUGUUGCUGGCAAUGUCGCUGCCCAUAAUCUUGCUGUUUCUGCCAUCGUCAGCCCUGUCCCCGUGUCAGCUCAGGUUCCGAUUCCUUUCUUGAAUGAUGAUGCCAUGGCUUUCUUACCAAUACCAAUGGAUAUUGAUGGCAACGACACCAUCAAUGCAACGGGUUACAUCUAUGGAAAUCAAAAUGAGAAUGAGAAUGAGAAUACCAUGUGCCAGGGAGCAGGAGCACUCCAAUUUCUCAAUUCCCAGUGGCCCGAUCUGCACUUUGACUUUACCAUUGCAGCUCCUUCUGACCAGCAGCUGCCAGCUGUCAGGUUCAGCCCAGAUUUACCAGUUGACAUGGAUAUUUGUUCUGGUCUGAAUCUCUAUCCCAGCCCCUGUGUGCCAGCUGCCAGACUCUACCCACCUCAGAGUGCUUCCAGCAAUUUCCAUGCGGACCUCGAUUCAUAUCUCAACUUCUCCUCGAAUCACUUUCCCGUUGGUGAAUCCAACAUUCGCACCGAUAUCGAUCUCAGCUUGCUGGCGGGUUUGGUAAUUAAUCCACCCGAGGUUCUCGUCGACGAGGAAGAUAGAGAAGCCAAUAUCGAUCCCAGACUGCGUACGGAAUUUGUCGACUUCAAUCCGCUUCCAUUUAAUAAUCCUAACACAGAUCCCAGGAUAGAUCCCGAACAAACAAGGAGGGAUAUCGCCUUAUGCAUGACUAUUCUAGGCGACGUAACCAACUCGACGCCUCUACUCCUUGAAGACAACCCUAAGGAUGCCUCGUUCGGCAUCGCUCAUGACAAGAUCAACGGGGAACCCAGUGGUUUCAAUAAUGUCCUAAAAGACAUACCGCGACGUGCCAAGCACGUUGCACCAAGUUCUCCUAACAAAUGCCUAGAACUACGAGACGCCCAAUUCUGCGAGCACAAAGUCGCGGCCGACUCCAUCUGCCAAAGCGGCUCGCACGUAAAAGAAGACCGCGUCCACGUCUGCGACCACUGCAGCAAGGCGAGCGCCCUCGAGCUCGUCAGCAUCGGAAGCUCGUUCGACUUGGCCGCGAUUGAGAAUAUGCGCGCGUACCUCUGCAACCACUGCGCCGAGAAAGUCAGCAAAGACGUCCGCCCCGUGCUGCGAAACAGGCUCACCAGCGACCUCAAGGUCUGGGGCAAAUGCCAGGAAUUUCCCCUUGCGAGUCGUAUUCCCGUCCUGUUCAACAAGGACGGCGGCACCAUCACCUUCAUGGGCGACGCCCAGAAGAUCACCGGGUGCUUGUGCGGAACGAAACUUCUCUACCGACGCCUUUGCUACAGCCACCGCCUCAAGUACGGGGACGAGGUCGUGAAGCAGGCUCAGGAGAUGCAAGACUGGUGCCAACAAAAAUACGGCGCCAAAACCUGUUUUGUUUGUCUCAAGGGAAGCCAGCCUCGUGUAGUUGCCUUUAAGGGACGGCAGUGGGCUGCCAACCAGGCCAAAUGCACUGCUUGGCAGUGUCUUGUCUGCGGUGAUUUGGUCCUGAAUCAACCAACUAUGAGCAUCUUCGGACCGCAAGGGCCCAAAGCCAUAGUUUCGAUACCUCGGGUAAUUACUAACGCUGUAUAUGGGAGCCAGGAUGGAGAAGAGCAAGAAACUGAGUAUGUUGCACAGGAAAUAUCUAGCGAGGAGCUGAAGGGAGAGGAAGAGCUUCGGUCAUACGCAACUGGAAAUCAAGCAUCUUUUGGGGAGCCAUCGCCAUCUGCAACGUACUUGGACGAAGGAUCGAAUGGAGACCAGGUAUCUUUUGGGGUGCCAUCGAUAACGUAUUGGGACGAAGAAUCAAAUGGGAUCCAAGAAGGAAUGCUAUACGAGCAAGCUGAAGCAGAGCAGGAAGGACGAAAUGGAGGACGAAAUGCACGGGCAGAUGGAGAACAAGCUCAAGAACGGGAUACAUCCGAGUCCAACGAAGAAGCCUCUUGGGGGGGAUCUUGGACUCUUGUUCACCGCCCGAUCUAG